AUGUCGGCCCCCGUUGUUCCCACCGCCUACGACCCCAAGGGGAUGAAGUUCCGCUACUUGGGAAACACUGGUCUUCAAGUCUCGGUAUUCUCCCUUGGUGGCUGGCUCACUUACGGUGGUACUCAGAAGGGCAGCAUCGUCAAGGAGAUCCUGCAAACCGCCUGGGACCAUGGAAUUCAAACUUUCGAUACCGCCGAAACCUAUGCCGCCGGCGCGUCCGAGGUUGAGAUGGGCAACGCCCUCAAGGAGCUCGCAUGGCCCCGCGACGAGUACGUUCUGACGACCAAGGUCUUCUUUGGCACUGGCCGCAAGGAGCCCAACACCCGCGGUCUCAGCCGCAAGCACAUCGUCGAGGGCCUCAAGUCCUCGCUUGCCCGCCUGCAAACCCCGUACGUCGACGUCGUGUUCGCUCACCGCCCGGACCCGGGCACGCCCAUGCUCGAGAUCGUUCACGCCUUCACCCUGGCCAUCAACCUGAACCUAGCUUACUACUGGGGUACCUCCGAGUGGAGCGCCACCCAGAUCACCGAGGCCAUCGGCCUGGCCGAGAAGUACAACCUGAUCGCCCCCGUCGUCGAGCAGCCGCAGUACAACGCCUUCCACCGCGAGCGCUUCGAGGUCGAAUACGCCCCGCUCUUCCGCCAACACGGCCUCGGCACUACCAUCUGGUCCCCACUCGCCAGCGGCCUGCUGACCGGCAAGUACAACGAGGGCAUCCCCGAGGACUCGCGGUUUGCCACCAACAAGGCCUUCUUUGAGAAUACCGUCAAGGAGCUUCAGUCCGAUGCGGGUAAGGCCAAGAUCGAGAAGGUCCGGAAGUUGACCAAGGUUGCUGAGCGUCUCGGUGCUUCUGUCACACACCUCUCGCUUGCGUGGGCUGCGAAGAACCCUAACGUCAGCACGGUUAUCCUUGGUGCUACCAAGAUUGAGCAGGUCAAGGAUAACCUGAAGGCCCUCGACCUUAUCGACAAGCUCACCCCGGAGAUCAUUGAGGAGAUUGAGGGUAUCUUGGAUAAUAAGCCCAAGGGACCGAACACGUUUGGCCGGGAGCGCUUGUAA